AUAAAACCAACCCUUUUACCAAAAUCCACCAAAAAAAAACUGCCCUCUCUUCUUCUUAUCUCUUCUGAUUCUGAGAAAGAAAAGUCGUGAGAGUCUUUUUUCAGUCCUCUCCGUUCUUCUAAAUUUCCAAUAUUACCCCGAACUGCCAUCGUAUUUACACCAAUGUCCUCGCCUUCCCCGAUCCCAGUUUCGUCCCAACAGUCCUCUCACCAGCAAACCCAACCGUCCGGCACCAACCCACUCCGAUUCCUCCGCCCCUUCCUCACGCGCAUCUCCGCCGUAUCCCACCACGCGCUCUCCAACAGCCGCCCCUGGACCGAGCUCAUCGACCGCACUGCCUUUACCAGACCCACCUCGCUCACCGAUGCCGCCUCCCGGAUCCGCAAGAACGCCGCCUACUUCCGCGUCAACUACCUCAUCGUACUCGCAGUCGUACUCGCCUACUCCCUCAUCUCCCACCCCUUCUCCCUCCUCACCCUCCUCACCCUCGCCGGAGCGUGGAUCUUCCUCUACGCGCGCCGAUCGUCGGAGCAGCCGCUGGUGAUCCUUGGCCGCACGUUCUCCAACACCCAGGCGCUGUUCGGACUGGGCGUGGCGACGCUCAUCGCGAUCUUGGUGACGAGCGUGCUGUCGCUGCUGCUAACGGCGGGGAUGGUGGGAGUUGGGAUCGUGUGUGUUCACGGCGCAUUCAGAGAUCCUGAGGAUCUGUUCCUGGACGAAACGCAGCCGUUGGGUUCUGGCAUCGCUUCGAUUUUCGGAGGUGGGGCCCCUUCGUUUGCGUCGGCGGGUGCCAGCAUGAUGUCACGUGUCUAGCAUGUGAUAGGUGCAAUUCCGUAGGCGUUCAUACCGCUUAGCUACACAGUAUCACUCUCCAUCGGGUCGGGUUUGCUUAGAAGAAGAAGAAAGAGAUUUUUUUGGUUACAUCAGGAAUAUUAUUCAUUACUUGAGAUACUUGCAAUUUAUUUUGUUUGUUUGUUGGCAAUUUGUAUUUGAAUUUUUCCUUUUAAUUCCACGAGCCAGAAAUUUAACGAGCACUGAUUACUUAU